AUGUCUACCAAUAGCACACCCUGCAUAAAUUCGACAUGUGGAACACCUAGCGAGUGGAUCGCGACUAAGAUAGGAAUUAUAGUAUUUAUUAUUAUCACAGCAGUUUUAGGUAAUUUGCUUGCUAGUAUUGCGAUAUUAAAUGAACGUCGCAUGCGAACAGCAACAAAUAUUUUAUUACUCAAUUUAGCCUUACUAGAUUUCUUAACAGCUUUAGGACGCUUGCCCUUAUAUUUGAUUAAUAUUGUUGCUGAUCGUUAUUAUUAUGGUGUCGUAUGGUGUAAUAUCCAUUCUACUAUUAGCGGCAUCUGCUUCAUUGGCUCUAUUUAUACAUUGAUGUUUAUCAGUUACUUCCGUUAUCGCAUUAUAUGCCGUUCAACUACAACUCGGCCUAAACGGCACCAUGCAAUUUACGUCUCUAUUUUUGUUUGGUUAUGGAGUACUUUUGUCGCGUUAUGGCCUAUACUGGGCUGGAGUGCCAAUGAAUUUAAUCCCGUAGAAAUGGCAUGCAUUCCAACAUGGAGUGUCGGAAUUAGUGGAUUAAUCAACGGUAUCCUGGAAGUUGUUAUUGAUUUCUUACUACCGUUUAGUAUCAUCAUAUUUUGCUACAUUCGUAUAUAUAUUUAUUUAAAAAAGAAACGUCCAGCAUUAAAAUCAUCAAGAUCCAAGAGACAAAGUGCGCUAGUCACUAGAACCAUGGGAAUCGUCAUAUUAGCCUUCGUAUUAUGUUAUGCACCAUGGAGUGUAAUUGUAUUUAUUGUUAUUCCAUUUGGCCAAGAAAACGUUUAUAUCCCGACGGGUUUCUACUUUAUUACAACUGUCCUUGUAUUUAUCAACAGCAGUAUUAAUCCAGUUAUUUAUGGAUUUCAAAUACCACAAUUUCGGCAACAGUAUCGUCGCAUUAUCUGCCCAUGCAAAAAAUCCAAUAUGAUAACGCCAAGUGAAGGCGAACCAUCAUCCAUCAAGCCACGUACAUGCAGCCAUUCUGGUCAAAAAACACAGAUUCCUGAAGAAUCAUUUUCAUUCAAUCGCCGAACUGCAAGUGAAUCAGGACAUUACAGGAAAUCCAAGAGGUCUUAUGUCAUGCAAAAUCAAAUAACAGCUCGCCCGAUGGAGUUAAAACGAAGCGAUGAAGCUUACUAUUCUGAUGCUGACAAUAGUGCAGCAAAAACUUAUGGUUAG